AUGUCGGAUUUCAUUCUGUUAAUCCUGAUUCUUGUCCUUGUCGUGUGCAUAACAGUGACGAUAGCGGCUUUUGUGUUGUACUCGGGGCUUUUGUCCGACGUGGUAAUAAAGACUGGACCUCCACCGAUUAAAAAUGUCACCAUUGCAUACAAAUUCAAGGAGGGACCGUACAAGGACUGUGGAGCAGCCUACACCGAGUCCUGCAGCAUCGGACCCAAGCUGAGCACCAUCGCGAUCUUUUACGACGACCCCAAACAGCCUGCAGACCAGUGCCGCUACAUCGUGGGCAGCAUCCUGAGUGAGGGAGAGGAGAAGCCCAAUGAAGAGUUACAGAAGCUCUACGAGAAGUUUGGCUUUAAAGUCUUCUCUCUGCCUGAAGUGAGCCACGCUGUCACCUCCUCCUUCCCCUGCACCUCCCCGCUGUCCCAUGUGGUCGCCCCGAACAGAGUCUACCCCCAGCUCGCCGCCUACAUCCAGGAGAGGAAGCUGAGUGCAUUCCCAUACAUAGAGAUCUGCAAUUCAGAUUCCAUCCAGUAUAUGGUGCCACUGUCCCGACAAACUGACUUCUUCGUCCCAGAGGUGAAGGAGGAACCCAGGAUGGAUGUGAAAGAAGAAGAUUCGGAUGAAGACAGAGGGACUGAUAUCACAGGUGCAGACUCCCACAGCGACGUGAGCUCGGUGAGCGGUGGCGCCCCCUGGGACAGUAGAGAGACAUCGCUGGCCGCUUCCACCGCUGCGUCUCUGGCCUCCUCCCUCCCACUACGGGACGUCCCAGAUCUGAGCGAAGAACCCCAACUGCCCGUCCACAGGGGGUCCAACGUGUCCACGGGAAGCAGCGGAUCGUCUUUCGAAGAACUAGACAUGGACAACGACGAACAGGAAGCGGAAAGACAGGAAGAGGACGUGGACAAACCAAACCAGGAAGAAGAGCAAGCCAGUGGAGACAAAUCAGAUGAGAAGGAAGAGGUUAUUGGAGCAGGGGAAGAGUAAAAUAAGUUGAAUGUUUUAAGCAUCUGAGCGUCUGGUGGUUGUAUGUGAUGUUUAUGUCCUGGUGGAUUGACAAAGAAACAAUAUUUUUCUUCUUUUAGUUUUAAUAUUAAGACUUUAAAGAGCUACAGUCAGUUACAUUGUACUGACUGGCCAUUUGUUCCUAUUGAGUUGCCUUAUAAACAAUAGUAUAUUCAAUUAUCAACUACGACGAAAGGCCUGAAGUUUAAAAUCAUUUUGACAAAGUUGGUAUUUUUUAUGUGUUGAUCUGAAGUAUUGUGAAGUUUGAUUUUAAUUGAAGUGGUAUGGUAAAGGUUGGGUUCAACUGUUUUUAGUUUUUAUCUCAGUGAUUAGUUUACCUUAACAGAAUUUAAAGUUGAAUUGUGUAACUUUUCUGGUAGAGGAUCCAUCACCUGCUAUUUUUUUUUAGUAUAUCAUUUCUCUGCUUAGAAUGUUCCACAGCGUGACAUUCAAUAGCUCUACCUUUAGAUUUAUUACAUUUUAUAGCUCAAAAAUACCUAGAAAAACCGGCAUUCUGACUGUUAGCGGGGUCACCUCUCCACUGUAACUUGUUCUGGUUUGAUAGAAGAUAGAACGGUUCAAUACCACACUGUGAAACAUUUCAACAAAAGUAAUAACAUCUCCACGGAAAAAAGCAUUUGACGGACCUUCACUAGAAAAGGUACACAAUGUGCUGAGAUCCAAAAUUAUUCCUCACUUUCUUAAUAUAUUCCUAGCAUGUUAAUUAUUCCAUUUCAUUCACAAUGAGUUCAUAAGUGCUUUUCACAACUUUCAGAGAGUGGAGUCUUGCCAUCACAGUAAUGCUAACAUUACACUUCAUUGUUCAAACGCUCUAUAAUUAGAUGCAGACAGAACGCAGUUGUCUAAUCUUGACCCUAAGAGCUGCUUUUACGUAUAUAUGUAUUGGAGCAAAACUAAUUCAUUAAUGACUAAUAACAUGAUAAAGUGAAGUACAGCCUCUCUAAAGGUGCAUUGUGUAACCUUUCUGGUUCUGAUUGUUUUCAAAGAAAUUACUGUUUUGCCUUUGAUGGUCCACAGUAUAUAUAUCUAAUAUAUUUUGCUAUCUCAACAUAUCUCGAUAUACGAUAUAUAUCUCAAAUAUCAAAAAUACUGCAAAAACAAAUAUACCAAAUUGACCAAAAAAAAAAAAAAAGUGCAUAGAGUUCAGGCAAUUGUAGAAAACUAAGUCCUUCUGCGAAAUAAAAAAAAAAAAAAAUCCCUGAAUACAAAAAAUUAUAAUUUAACUGGAAAAUAAAGCAAGAAAUAAUACAUAUUGCCUUCUUUUCAUUCAAAAAUAAAACAACUCAACUCAGCCUCAUCUUUACAUUAAAUCCGUUAAUCAUAUGAUAACCAGAACCAUGAAUGAAUGAAUGAAUGAAUGUUUAUUCGGACAGUAAUGCAUAGAGAACAUAAAUACAUAGAUAUAACACAAAAAGUAAAUAUUUCUUUUCUAUAAUAAUAAGUGAAAAUAAAUGUCACACAGAUUUUACGUGUGUCCGAAAAAGGAACCAUGAACAGAUCCAUGUUCCUCACCAGCGUAAGGAGCUGUGAAGUAUCCCAUAUUCCACUGCGCAGAUCAAACCAAACAUUUCCAAACACUAUUGUACAAGUUCUACACUGCAGCAGAUUGUUAAUUAAAAUCUUCUGUAUAAAUAAACUUGACAUUACUAAACUUUACAACAUAUGAAGCAUAACUAUAGAGCCACAUCAGCCCGUUUGAGAUUAUAAUCUGUUUAAUACAGCUUUACGCACAUUUGUUUACGUUUUACAGAAAUUAAACUUUAAACCACAUGACUCAUUUGCAUAAACAGUAAACGCUGAAAAAAACUGCUUGCUUCUUGUGCUGGGGAGCGUGGGCGUGUACAGAGAAGGCAAACAAUUAAAUAUACAGUAAGCAUUCUAUCGAUAUAUACAAUAUUUCAGAAUCCAUUUCGUGUUUAAAAAAUAUCUCGAUACAUUUUAAAUAUUGAGAUAUCGCCCACACCUAGUCUCCAGUAUAGCGUUAAACAUCUAUCCAGCAUUUAUUCAAAUACAGGGGUUUUGAUUGGGGUCUACCUCUCCACAGAUCUGACCUGUAACUUGCUUGACCUUAACUUGCUUCCCUAACUUGUCUGUCUCCAUGGAGUUAGAAAAAUUUAACGUCACACUGUGGAACAUUCCUGGCAAAGCAAUAACAUCUCCAUGGAGACAAACAGGUGGCGGGUCCUCUACCAGAAAAGUUACACAAUGCACCUUUAAUGUGGUUGUUUGCAUUCGAGCAAAGGACACGUUUAAUAGAUUAUUUUCUGUUUGGAUGGAGGAGGUUCUGGACAGCGAAUCCAUCAGCGACUGUCACAUUUUUUGCCGAUCUGAGCUUACAUCAUGAUUUGACGAAGCACCCACUGGAGGAUUGCAAAGUGCCAAUAUUUUUAGAAAAGGCAAAAAAUAAACUCAAGGGGAAAGUAUCCUUCAGAUUCUCAUGUACAGACCUCUAUUUGCUUCAUACCUCGACGGUUUCAGCCGCACUCUGCUCCCUCCUCAGAACUGUCACGUGAUAUUGUGGUGACAUGGCUGAUUUAAAUUGAUUCUGGCGCUGGCUUUCUACUUAGAGCAGGAACUUCUUCACACCUGUAUCCCAGAGGUGGUAUGCCCCCUCAUCCCGAUUUACAGUCUGGUAGGCAUGUUUCCGGUUGCGUUUAGGGACAAACUUCUAUUCUAGUAAAAGGACAAUACACUCAACAAUCCAGCUACUCUCAAAAUCUUGUUGAAGUUGGACCCGGCUGAUAAAAACACAAAUGAUUCUCUAGCAAUCCCCUUAAAUAAAUUCUUUUGCAUUCAACAUUUAAUGAAAGGAUCAAUGAUGGAAAUUGGUAGAAACCUUUGAUAUACAAUCUUUUCCUUACUUACCAGCCAAAAAUAAUUGAACCUAUACUAUACCACUCAUCAAUUGACAUUGUUUGUGAUAUGAAGGGAACAGACUCAAAGCUUAUUCCAGUGACAUUCUUUAUACCAUAUUUUAUCUAUAUACAGAGACCAUGCAUAAUUUUAACAUGCUACCUACUUAUGUAUGUUUAUGUAUUCAAUUUCUAAAGGUGCACUGUGUAACUUUUCUGUCACCUGCUGGUCUCCAUGGUGAUGUUAUUGGUUUGUCUAGAAUGCUCCACAGUAUGGCAUUAAACUACCGUAUUUUUCAAACUAUAAGUCGCACCAGCCAAAAAAUGCGUGAAGAAUGAAGAAGAAAAAAAACAUAUAAAAGUUGCACCGGAUUAUAAGUCGCACUUUUUGGGGCAAAUUUAUUUGAUAAAAUCAGAGACAAGGAACCAACAUUUCAUUUUGAAAGGCAAGUUACAGUAAUAACAAUAGAACAGAGAACAACAGACUGUCACAUAUGAACAGUUCUUCAGAGAACUAUAGUAUAAACAACAGAACAGAACAAGUUGACCAAACUCUCCAUCUCACUCCAAAUCACUAAAUCCAUUCAAUUCUUCAUCCUCUGUGUCACGUCUGAGCAACUUCGGAGGUAAACAGCGCGCCACUUCCUCUUCUGUGUAGCUGCCAUCAGACUCAGCAUCAGUUCCAGUUAGAAUUAUUCUGGCCUUUCUGAAUCCCGACAGGAUGGUUUUGGUUGUCAUUGAAGUUCAGGGUUUGUCGAUCCAUCCACUGACUUCCAGGAAAGUUGAAUGGCACACCCUCUCGGCUGCUGUGAAGUUGUGUCUCCAGCCCCGCUUUCCACCAGUCCCUCACAAGUUUCUUGCUCACUCCAAACUUUCUUUCUGCUGCUCGAUUACUGUUUUGUGCUGCAUAUUUCACUACUUGCAGCAAGACAGCGGCUUUUUCUGCAGGAGACAUGCACAAUAGGGCAAAGUGACAGUGACACAGAAGUAUUCUUAGCAGCAGAUACUGACACAGAAUUCUAGAGCGCCUCUCGCGGCUGUCAGUGUGAAAAUUUUUAUAUAUAAGUCACACCGAAGUUUAAGUCUCAGGACCACCCAAACUAUGAAAAAAAGUGCCAUUUAUAGUCCAAAAAAUACUCUAUCUGGCUUUUAUUUCAUUACAAGCGUUUUUAUCACUAUUGGAUAAUAACUUGAACAUGCUUUCUUACCUUGGGCAGUGUCGCCUCUCCACAGAUCUAACCUGUAACUUGACCUGGUAACAACUACAAUGAAGUCAGAUCAGUUUAAAGAUACACUGCGGAACAUUCCAGAUAAAGCAUUAACACUUCAAUAGAGACAAACCAGUUCCUCAGUGCGUCUUUAAUAAGUUCUAUUUCUCAAGUAUCUUAAUGAACUGUUCUUUGUGCUGGGCAUAACACAGUCUGUAAUAAACAUUUUCUAAUUAAAA